CAAAAUUGAAGAAAGUGUUUUGAUCACGAGACGUUGGCAAAGGCAGAUUCAGCGCCGGUACUGGGAAGUGAUACCGUGGCACACAGGGAUCGAGUACCAUUUGGCAUGCAGUUCCGGUUUCGAGCCGCUCUCCGCACGUUAACUUAGGAAUGCAGAUCCACGCCCACAAAAAAGGUUGGCUUUUGUCGGAGAAGCGGGCGUAAAGUCCGUGAGUUAAUGAGAACUAUUACCGAUUUUAAGGGAUUUGCAGACUCCAGACCUUAACCAACCUCCACUUUUGAUGCUUUGACCCAAGAGAAACUCGGAAACAUGCUGAGCUCAAUUAAAAGUAUCACAGUGAAUUACGAUGCAGUAAAUGAAGAGAAGACCUUCUCCUCCGGGGACAUGCUGUCCGGCCGCGUCCUGCUGGUGCUGUCGAAGGAGACCAAGAUAGAGGGUCUUCGGGUGAAAAUGAAAGGAAAGGCCGAGGUGCAGUGGAGCGAGAGACACGGAGAUAAAACCCGAUACUACAGCUCCAAAGAGAAGUACUUUAAGCUGGAGCAACUGGUCACUGGUCAGGAGAAGGGUAACGGUAAUGAUGUCCUGGCUGCUGGGAGCCAUGUUUUCCCGUUUACAUUUCAGAUUCCCCAAGGGAACAUGCCAUCUUCCUUUAAAGGAGAUCAUGGAAAAGUGGAAUACAAGCUGGAGGCAAAGCUGAGCAGGUCUUGGAGGUUACCGAGUAAUACAGCAUCCGCGUUCACCUUUGUUUCAAGGCCAGAGAUGGGCGUGGCUCAGCUAAUGUCACCCCAGCAUGGCACUGCCACAAAGAAGAUGAGUCUCUUCACCUCCGGAAAUGCUGCCAUCAAUGUGAAUAUCGAACGGACGGCUUACUGGUCAGGAGAAGAAUUAAAGGUCACAGUGGAUGUUCAGAACAGCUCUUCACGUAACCUCGCACCCAAGGUCGCUGUGGACCAAAUUCAGAGUUUUUCUGUUCAAGGAAAGAACAAAGUCUGUACACAUCGCAUCCUGAAACAUGUGGGGGAGCCGAUACCUGCUAACAUGCCGCAGACGCUGACUCUCAUGCUGAAGCUCCCCCCAAAUCUGCUGGCCUCUCUACACAACUGUGGAAUCAUCAGAGUGGAGUAUUUCCUCAAGGUUUACUUGGAUGUUCCCCUUGCCUCGGACCCUGAGGUCAAGUUACCGUUGGUCAUUCUUCCAGCCGAACUAAGCAGAGGAGGAUUUCCAUACCAAACUGCCCUGGGAGGAUUUCCAUACCAAACUGCCCCGGGAGGAUUUCCAUACCAAACUGCCCCUGGGUCAGCUCCACCCCCAACUGCCCCGGGAGGAUUUCCUUACCAACCUGCCCCUGGGUCAGCUCCACCCCCAACUGCCCCGGGAGGAUUUCCUUACCAACCUGCCCCUGGGUCAGCUCCACCCCCAACUGCCCGGGGAGGAUUUCCUUAUCAACCUGCCCCUGGGUCAGCUCCACCCCCAACUGCCCCAGGGGCAUUUUCAUAUCAACCUACCCCUGGGUCAGCUCCACCCCCAACUGCCCCAGGGGCAUUUCCAUAUCAGUCUCCCCCAGGUGAACCUUAUACAUUUCUAUCAUAUUCUAGUCCAGAUGCCCCUCCAACUUAUGAUAUUUUGGGUCAGCAUUCACCCCAGUCUCUUCCAAGUGCCCCUCCAUCCUACAAUGAUGCAAUUAAGUGUCCACCUCCAACUGCCCCAGGUCCCUCUCCAACCCAAAUGCCCCAGGAUACCCCAGAUUCAACCCUGGAUACAUUCAAAAGCUUAAAGAUUAACUAAAGAAAGGGCUUUUACCUUUGUACACAUGCUAAGCUUUAUUGUCUAGAUAUACAUUUACUGUCAAUAAAUAUUUUCCACGUUUGUAGAAAGACUUGGCUUUUUAGUUUCAUGGAGGGACUGAAGAGGAUUUUUGCUUUUAUAAAAAGAGGUGGAUACUGAAGAAUGCCUUCAGCAUCCGUUUUGUGUGCAGCUGCUAUAGAGGAAGCAUGAACCUCGAGCAGAAGUGGUGUUACAGAGCUUUUCCUGGGGUCUCAGCAGCAAGCCGCCGUAGCUGUGACCUACGACUGUGUGCAUCUGAGCUUCAUCUUCAAAUCCUCUUCGGCUUUCAGUUAGUCUCUCUCUCUCUCACACACACACACAUACACACACACACACACAUACACACACACACACACACACACACACACACACACACACAGGGCUGCCAAAACUGGGGGGGAAACCAGGUCAGUUGUCUCUGGCCCCUCGGUCAAGCGGGUCCCAAUAGGGCCCUCUAACUUCUAAAUGAUCUGCUGGAAUAAAUUGUCAAAAAUAUAUAUUUGAGAAAACUCUAGUGAAUCACAUAAAAGCGUGUUGUUUUUUAUCUUGCUAAUUUUCCUAGUGGUCAAAAACAAUUUUCCGUUGCCUUCCCAUAAUGCAAAAAAAGUUUGGUCUCCUCUUUUAGUGCCACUCAAACUUGCAGUCUUUCCAAAAGCAACAGCAACACAUUUCGUUUUUGAGUAGAUUUUUUGUUAAAUAUACCUGAAAUGUCGGAGAGGUGAUAAACCUUUUUAUAACAUUUUAUAAAUUUCCAGCAGACCCAGAAAGAUGCAAUAGUGGAGUGUAGCAGUCAGAUGGGAAAACUGGCAGUCCACUGAAUACACACAUUUGUGUAUAAACAUGUAUGAUUUAUGUAUUUUUAUGUUAUUAAAAUUAGAUUUCAGUUUAGAUUCAA